AUGUCAACCAGCGAGACAUUAGUCAACAACCCGGAAGAUCUUUAUAGGUUUUCCUGUGAUCAUGCUGGCGAUUACCCUGCAUGCCUUCUUGACGCUGGUCAAUCUGGGCCGAGUGUUGGUGCUGAUAUCUACGAGAUGAAGCAGCGAGAAAAUCUAUGGAGUGCCAAACAAGGCCAGUUGCAUCUGUUAGAACUCUACGAUGGCCAACCGGUCCACGAAGAAUCUUGCCCCCAAAGUAUAUCAGAGCUACAAGCACAUUUUGAUAAGAAUUCAAAGGAUCCUCGCUACUGCUUUGCUUUCGUUGAAGCGCCUCACAGCCGAGCGCCUCUCAACUGCACGAUUGAAAUGUUCCAAGAGUUAGCAACAAGGCGACGAAUCUCGCCGACCUUCACGUCGAACGUCACCUCCUUUGGAGAACAGACUCUUCCCAAAGACUUCAAUUUGAUGACAAUACAUCACGAGGAUAAUCUUUAUGCUCGACCUGGCGAGCUACAUCCUCUUCCUAGCCUUGGGCGUUCAGGCCGAGAGCUGCGUUACUGCUUCAACAUCCGCUCAGUUGAACGGGCAAAUUCAGAGCCUGGGUGGAGUUGGUCUAUAAGAAAUCUAGCCAUAUACCACUCUUUCGAUGUAGAGACCGGACGGUUCUUCUGGGUGGGGAUCAAGGCCAACAAAUUGAUAAGAGAGCGUAUAUACCAGGCGAUUCAGAGACCUAAGUUUUCAACUGUGCCGCUCUCUACGCUUGAAGGUUCCUUCGCGGCAACGCUUGAAGUCCUAUGGGUUAUUCUUGAUUGGACACAGGAGCACUGGCGGGGUUACAUCAACAACUUGGAUGAAGAUCUUCGGAAGAUUGUUAUCAAGGCUAAAACAGCCCAGAUUGACAGGGAGAACAACAGGAAUCACGAGAGAGAACACAACUUCGUUGCUCCCAUACCACGAACCGUAUUGAGUCAGCUGAGCUCUGUGGCAACUCCUACUAUUUCAAAACACAGCAUGUCGACGAGUUUCUUCCACAAAAUAAUGUCCAUCUUUCGAAAGGACAUUGAAGACAACAUGCACGAGAUGGAUUCGUUCCAGCAAUCACGGAAUCCUUGCAAUGGCAGCAAGGCUGAUAUUAGGGACGAGCGCGGCAUAUUGACUAACCUAUCUGUACUGGAAACAUUCACCUUCGCUGAACUGCAAAACCUACAUCUUAUUGGAGAGAGAAUCAACGAAGCGCUUCUUGUUAUUGAGCUCACGAGAGAGAUUAUCACAUCAAUCACGGCCUACUAUACCGAUACAUUCAACUCUGAGUUGCUUCCAGAUGCAAUUAGGAACAACUGCAAAUCUGAGAUGGCGCAGUAUCAGCAAAGAAUGGGUAAUAUCGCGAGGAAUCUUGGAAUGAGACAAAGACAGCUUCAUUGCAUGGGGCGUAUGGCUCAAGAAGCAAAAGUCUUGUUUGACGGCAUUCUCCAAUAUCGCAAUGUGCAGAUCAGUCAGCUCUUCGCUCAGAGCGGGUUUGAUUCUAGCAGAAAGAUGGAAAUGAUUGCUCACAAGACGGAGGAGGAGACCACGUCGAUGCACGUGAUUACUUGCGUCACUCUCCUGUUCCUCCCGGGGACCUUCGUCGCCGCGUUUUUCCAGAGUGGAGUAAUACAUCUUCGAGAACCGGAAACGGUUCAGGACGAGUGGAUACUCCUCUCUGGACCCUUUGCGUUGUUUGCUGCGAUAUCCCUUAGUCUCAUCCAAAAGGCGCCUACAGGUGGCCUCGGAUAUGGUUUAGCGUACCGAGGCGGAGGCGGAGGCGGAGGCGGGGCGUGGUUUGCAGGCAAUGGUUCUCUGCCAGGCUGA